AUGUCUCUAUCGCCGAGACCCAAUCCGAUAUCGAGAGUCAGCUCUCAGCGCCUUCCUCCACCGUCCCUAUUCCAGGGACCGCCAUCUCGCAAUGAAUCCAGCAACUCAGUUCAAGUGGGAUUGCUGCCCGGCAAUCAAGCCUCGGCGUCUGCUCAACGGCCCGGAGCACAGAGAACAUGGUCGAGAAUUUCUACCACUUCCGCGGCUGGCAAUAGGAGUAUAUCACCUUUUAUGACCCGAACAAUGUUACCCAAGGAAACCGAGAGUGCCGAAGCGCUCUGGCAGGAAAUGCAGAAUACUCUAGCCGAAGUAGAACUGAGUGCUUUCAAAGGGGAGCAUGUUUUCGGGGAAGAACAUUCCAAAGCUCUUGAGGAGCUACGGAUAAAGCAGCUCAAAUUAGCUCAAACAUGGACGAGACAUGACGCCGAGGAGGUUGAUGAGAAGACUGACGACACUGAUCAGCCAGAGCCACAGACUCAGAAGACGGGUACUGCAUUGGAUAAAGCGGGCACAACAGAUAGCACCGCUACUUACAAGGCACUUGAGGCAGAGACUGAGAAGGAUUUACAACAAGCUCGAAAGAGGCGGCAGGCAAACGAUCAGUAUUUCGAACGCGUUAACAAUGGUGUUUUAGAUGUUGUUGCAAGCUUGGAGGAGGUAGCAGAAGCGAUGCGCGCGGUGAAAAGAGAAAGCGAAGACAUUUGGAGUGACACCGCAAGUGAGAGUCUCAACGUAACGACAGCUUCGACGACGGGUUGA